CUUUGACAUGACGCGUCUGUGCACCAUGGUGCCUCGAAGGCUGCCGCUUCGGUCCAGUUUUCUGGCGGCGAGGCGGCUGACUGAGCGCUCCAGGUUUGAGCCACAUGGCACAUGGACGUUCCGUCGUUGCUUGGCCAUGAGCGUGGAGGAAGCCCGGAGGCGUGAGCGCAUAGCCCACGAGUCGGCCAAAGCCAGAGGGGCCCAGUCGGUCAGUGCACAAACCGUUGAUACUGGCUUCUCUGUGAUUGUUGGCCUUUGCAUCGCUUGUUGGUACUUUGACUGGUUUUCCGUUCGCAAAACCACUGGCGUGGAGCGGCUCAGCCGUUGGCUUCGAGCGCGUGAGAUCGCGGUGGUUGUGUUUGAGUUGGACGAUGUGAUGUGCUGCAGGUCACGUGGAGAUCGCGGGGUGUCGCUGUUUCAGCUUGAGGACUACUUCGCUGGCAUCAGCCAAGACUUCGCCGAGGUGGCCCCUGCCCUGGCGCGCCGUGGCUACUUUUUGGCGGUGGUGAUUCGUGGUUUUCAUCCUGCCAAUAGGGAAGAAAAGAGUAGCCCAUCCCGAUGGUGGAGAAAAGAGGUCGCAGAGGAAGCGAAGGAUGAAUUUGUGGAUGGCCCCGAGCUGGCGCGAAAGCUGAUCGCGCGGCGCUGCCCGGAUGCCUUGCCCAGUUUUCAGGCCAUUAGCACCACCCAGGACAGAAAGGUGGAUGGCUCCAGUCUUGAGGACGCCAUGCAACAAAUUGCCAAAGAGUACCGGGUGCCGGCGAGGCGGAUGGUGCUUUUUACGGCCUCUAACGCAUUUGAACAAGAUGGACAAGAUAAGACCUGGACAGGCAUUCACGUGCCUAAUCCCAAAGAAGGCUUCAGACACGAUGAUUACCAGCUCCCCACAAGUCUUGAUGAAGGCUACUUGACGCUGCUUCCAGCUGUGUUGGAACAGGCGUGGGGUUUUGUCGCCAAGAGACUUUAAGACGGUCCGGCGAUGGAAA